GAUGCAGGGUAGGAGGAGGGAGCCGAGGCUAUUUAAAGAGGGUCAUCCAGUCACGGAUAAAUAGCAGAAGGUCCUCUGCGCUGACUAACCGCCUCUAAAUGUGUUUCAUCCCGCUCUGUGUGUCUGUCUGCGGCUUCAUGUGUCCAGACUGAGCCAUUGCUUGUGACAACCAUCCGACGAGCAUCACUGCAUACAUCCGCUGCAAGGGUCUUUCUUAGGCGUUUUUAUAAGGGGAUACGUGAGGGGGAACAUGGGUAAAGAUUACUAUAAAACGCUGGGCAUCUCCAAAGGAGCCACAGAGGAGGAUAUAAAGAAGGCUUACAGAAAACAGGCGUUGAAAUGGCAUCCGGACAAAAACAAGUCUGCAGCAGCCGAGGAGAAAUUUAAGGAAAUCGCUGAAGCAUAUGAGGUGCUCAGUGAUCCAAAGAAAAGAGAAGUUUAUGAUCAGUAUGGAGAGGAAGGUCUCAAGGGAGGAAACGGGCCCACAGAUGGACCCGGCAACACCUUCACUUACACCUUCCACGGGGACCCUCACGCCACCUUCGCCACUUUCUUCGGUGGCUCGAACCCCUUCGAUAUGUUCUUUGGGCGUAAAGCAAAUGGUCGGGACGACGACGACAUGGAGGUGGACGGAAACGACCCCUUUGGUUCCUUCAGCAACUUCAACAUGAAUGGCUUCCCUAGGGACCCUCACGUGGGACCCGGAGGGCCACGCAGGAAACAGGACCCCGCCAUCAUCCACGAACUGAGGGUCACCCUGGAGGAGGUUUUCCACGGCUGCACCAAGAGGAUGAAAAUCUCUCGCAAGAGAAUAAAUCCAGACGGCAGGACCAUGCGCAACGAGGAUAAGAUUCUCACUAUCGAGAUCAAGCGAGGUUGGAAAGAGGGAACCAAGAUCACGUUCCCGCGGGAGGGGGACGAGUCGCCCAAUACCAUUCCUGCGGACAUUGUUUUCGUCAUCAAAGACAAGCCACACCCUCAUUUUAGGCGGGAGGGCUCAAAUAUUGUAUAUCCUGUGCGCGUCAGCUUAAGACAGUCAUUGUGCGGAUGCUCUGUUACCGUGUCGACGAUAGACGGGAACACGUGCAACAUGAAGAUCACGGACGUCAUCAAGCCCGGCAUGAGAAAGACUGUCGCCGGGCAGGGCCUGCCCUUACCCAAAAACCCAGAGCAGAGAGGAGACCUGGUGGUGGAGCUGGACGUUAACUUCCCCGACACGCUGCCCGGAAACGCCAAGGAUGUCCUGAAACGACAUUUACCUACUUAGGAAGAAGAACAAGGACUAAUCAAAACGAGAAGUAACACAUGACAGCACACGCCCCCUUCACACACACACAAACACACACACAUACUGAGGGUUCACAGAUGGACCCACUAUGAUUGUGCCAUUUCUAUACAAAUGUCUCUAUUUUUAGCAUAUUGGCAGAUAUAAUGUGUUGACAAACACAAAAGUCCAAAGAUUAUUUUAAGGCAGUUUGAAAAUGUUCACCUCUAUCAAGUUUGUCCUCCUAAGUACUGACAAUGUCGGGUAGUAGGACCCUAUUGGAAUCAAAAUCAUUAUUAUAAUAAGAAUCAUAAUGAUAAUAAUAAUAAUUACUAUUAUAAUUAUUUAUUUUCUGUUCCUAUUUUUUAAUUUAUGUAUUAAUAUUUUGUGUUUUGAGGGCCAACACAUGUAUUUUUAAAAAUAAAUAAAGUGUCCUGCUCGGAACAUUUCGUAAAACUGAAAAUAAACACGUUUUUAUUAUAUGUGAUUUAAAAUGAUCAUAUUGGCCUAAAUUUUGAACAAUUAAAUAGGAUGUGAGGAUUCAAAUUCACACUUUACGAGAUUAAUAGGCAGAAAUGUGUUAAUGUGUUUACAGUAAAAGAUGUCCUAAAUCGACAUUUACCUGCUUUGACAAAGAACAAAGACUUAAUGAGGGGAGAAAAGCUGUCGCCCAUGUUAACAAGCCCCCCCCCCACACACACACACACACACACUGAGAUUUCACAGAUGGACCCCUGCGACGAAUGUGCAAUUUCUAUUUUUGAGCUAUGUGGUGCUUGUAUGAAUACCAUGCAUGCUGCCGAGUUGAUAUCAGUGCUCGAAGUGUUGAUGUCUGAAAGAAACACACUUUAUGUAUGUGGCAACAAUCCCUUUAUCGUUUUGUUUGUUGGAAAUAUUUUGUAGUGAGUCUACAGUUGCCAAAAAAAAGGAAUGAAAAUGACUGCAGUGCCAAACUUUUUUUUUCUGACCGGCUUCAUUACUGACAUUUUUAACUGUAAUUGUACUUUAUUUUGUCGUGUAGUAGAGCUGCAAUGAUUUAUUAACCGACAGAAAUAAUACUAGCCGAACUAUUUUUGAUAAUCGUAAAUGGUCUUGCAAAAAUGGUGCUGGAGAUGUUCUGCUUGUCUCUGUUUCAUAUUUUACUAAACCAUAUAUAUUUAUGUUUUGGACUGACGAAACAAGAUAUUUAUAGACAGCACUUUAGACUUUGAGAAACUUGGAUGCACAUGUUUCAGACCUAACAAGUAAUUGUUUCUAAUCAAAAACUAAAGUAUUAGUCACUUGCAGCCCAGCAUCAUGUAGAGAUAACACCCUCAAUUUGGAGGCUGUCUUAAAAUCUAUGUACAGGUUACGCAAAUGAAAACAUGGUUGAAUGAAAUGGAUUGUCUUGUGUGCAUUUUAGACUUACAUGUGAACGAAUUGUACUUGAAUUUUAAAAUAAAUAUUUCCACAUGAAA